AUGCGGUCGUCACUGGAGGCGACUAUCACGGCCCGUAUCGAAGCCGAGGUCCGCCGCCGCACCGCCGCCAACCAGCUUCCGCCGCCUCUUGAGUCUAGCGCCCCUCCGUCGUCUGCCACCAGCCUUGCCUCCAUCUUGGCCGAGAACGCCGAGCUCAAGGCCACUGUCCGUGACCAGGACGCUACCAUUGUUGCGCUUCGGCGCCAGCUGGCCACGAUGCAGGCCGCGGCGGCUGCGCCUGUUUACGGUUCGCCAUCGCCGGCCCGACACACGCCUCCGCCACGUGCCCCGUCACCGCGUCCGCCUUCACCAUCGGCUCUGACCUCACCAGUCUCGUCACUAUCCAUCUCGCACCCGUCGCCGCUCCCGAAUGACGAAGUGCUUGACUUUUCAGGUACCGACCUUGCGUCGCACCUCUCGUUCCGGCGGCUCGGCACGACAGAGCCGCCGCUCGCCGCCUGGGCAGUCCUUGUAGACGGCGUGCUCACCGCGUAUGACGCCAAGCCGCUGGCGGGCGCACCCAGCCUUCCCGCCGUUCUCUUCUCCCUUCCCGUGAACGACGGGAGCACCGCUGUCAAGGUCAUCGGCGAGGCCAUCGGCGAGAUUAAGUUUGUGCUCAAGAACGCUGCGCUUCCCACCCCCUACAUUGUCUUUGCAGACAACAUCUUGACCCGCGACGCCUGGGUCGACGCCAUUGAGAACGCAGGGGCGGCCGACUUUACCACACACGCCUUGCCGUCGCGGACGCUGCCGACCGCGCCGUCGCCGGGCACACCCGCAGCACACGACUCCACUGAUGGCGCCGACCUUAACGAUGACAUCUCGUUUCACUACUCGUACUCGGGUGACGCCACGCCUGUCAUGGUCCGCCCUACCACGCCACCCGCAGCCAACGUCUCUGAUGAUGAAGACCCGUCUUCGAUGGGUGCUCUUCCGCCCGAGCCCGAGGCACGCCUCCGGCCGCCCACCCCAGUCUCGACUACGCUCUUCUCUGACGAGCUCAGCCUCGCGCCCAUCGGCAGCGAGCCAAUCCCGUGCACUGUCAAGGCCAUUGCCGUCGACUCGGGCGUGGCUGACCUUCCGCUCUCUGCCCAUCUCGACAUUGCGCCAACCGACGGCAGCCCGCCCAAGACUGUUUCGCUCACCAGCGACACCAUGAUCAAGCCGAUCGGCAUGUUCAUUGAGGGCGAGCACAAGGUGCUCAUCAAGGCGCCGUCCACCCCACCCAUCAUCCUUCUCACCUCGAAUGGCCAGCUCAUGACUUCUUUCCUUGCCGUCCUCGGUACCCUCACCAACGCGUAG